AUGGAGUUCGCUGAAGUGCCCGAGCCACUGAAGUCCCCGUUUCCUGUUGACGAGCAAACUAAAGGAAAGUGGAGGGACAUACCCAACCAGAUCAAACACGCAGGAUACGAACUUGGAGUACUGCAUUCUUGCUCAUGGGUUGUAACGGAUCUGAAACAUGGCGCAUGGGUUACGUUCAGGGUUGAAAGAUUCUCUUCCAUCCGUCAUCUCGAUCUUUUGAAUUCAUUCUUGUCGUUCUUCAGUCAGGCAUUUUGUGUCGGUGGAAGAAACUUCUCUGCACAUGGGAGAGGUGUGGGAGGGGACGCGUGGACGUUGGAGGAGGAGGCCUUCUUUCAGUCACUUAACACACCUGAGAAGGUACAAGACUACCUCGACUCUAUCCCGAUGAAUCACGAAGUAGACAAGGACGUUAGUCUCUCGGCCCUAGAAUGUGUGAGGCAAAAUCAUGCGCACUGUCUUGAGGGGGCACUUCUAGGGGCAUACAUUUUGAGCUUGCAUGGCUUCCCUGCUCAACUUCUAGAUUUGCGAGCUUCAAAAUGGGACGACGAUCAUGUUGUCACUCCCUUCCAGAGAAACGGGCUUUGGGGAUGCUUGUCAGUUUCCAACCAUUCGUCGCUCAGGUUCAGAAACUCCGUCUACAACAGCAUCCGUGAGCUCGUCAUGUCCUACUUCGACGACUACAUGAAUGGAGAGGGGAAGAGGACCCUGCGGUGCUACUCGAAACCUAUGGACCUGAAGCAGUUCGGCGAUGAUUGGCUGUAUCAACGAGGAGACGAAGGGUCUCGAGGGAUUGCCUACGCCAUAGAUCAGGUCCCACACUAUCGCAUCUUCCGGGACAGCAAGAACAAGUCUACGCUGAGGCCUGCAGACGAGUUCAUGCUGAAGACGACGGUGGAUCAGAGGGAGUGGCACCAUCCUUCGAACGCGGACGAGGAGGCUCAUGAGAGGAACAAGAACCGAUGA